UCGGAUGUCGUACUGCGGGGAGAGCUCAGUUUUAGUUCGGACACCGAAGCAACCAGUUGGUCUUGCGAUACGCUCUGUUGGAAACGAUCCCUAAGACGAUACAGCUACCUCAUCAUUUGUGUGAUCGAAUUGAAAGAGGAAGAGAUUUUCAUAGAUAUAACACUAGAAACGCGGAUGAAAUAAGAACACCUUUCUUUCUAACAAGAGCUUCACAAAAUUCAUUGUUUUAUAAAGGUAUAAUUUUUUUCAAUUCGAUGCCAAGACAUGUUAAACGUGCACCAACGCUUGCGGAGUUCAAGAGACAAUGUAUUUCACACGUGAAAGUUUCUGUUGUACAGAACGAAAAUUAAAACUUUUAUAAAAUGACGAGAGUUUAUCUGACGAAGUUUAAACAACGGAUUUAUUUUGAAUGAACUAUUUAUUUUUGGAACCUAUCUAUUUAUUUAUUGUUUUAUUGAAGCAUGUAACUGACGAAGUUUUUACGAACGGAUCUGAUUGUGUUGUUUAAAAUAUUAUUUAUUAAAUCUUUUUUAAUAUGUAAUGUAAUAACAAAAACUACUGUGUUCGUCACGGUAGUGAUGAUGGAUUUUUUCCUUUAUGUUGUUGUAGCUUUAAAAAAAUAAUAGAAAGUGACUACAUAAGUUUGAGCCUCGCGCGCGGAAUUCAGAUAUAAAUGGAUUCUUUAACAAUGCUUAGAGAAAAAUUAUGAAGUAGUUGUGGUUAGUCUGGCUGAAGGUCAUGAAAACCCUGUGCUAGUUUUGUGUAGCUCUAUAGCUCUUCACAUUUUUACCGAUGUGAAUCAAGUAAACAGUUUUUGAAGAAGUUUAUAUCUGGAGAUAAAUCGUCCAGCUCAAUCCUUUGUUGGGGUAUGUUGCGGGACCAUCAUCAUCAUCAUCAUCAUCAUCCAGCAGCUCAGGCUCAGCGAUGUCUGGAUAAAAUUGUACCCCUCAGCCCCCGCACCUACAUACAUUACACACAACUCUGUCUCCAGGCUCGACAGAAUGUAUGUCAGUCAUGGUCUCUGUGCGCAUCUGCGGAACGCAGCCACUCAUGUAUACUCCUUCACAAACCACAAAGCGCUUACUGCCCGAUUAUGCCUCCCCAGCCUCGGGCGCGCACCUGGUCGCGGAUACUGGUCCUUGCGUCCCCACCUUCUGACAACAGAAAACAUCGAAGAAUUCCAAGUUCGAUGGCAGCGGCGAAAUUUUCCAAACUGGAUGACGUGGUGGCUUUCUUGUGCUAAGCCAAAAAUAAAAUCGUUCUUUCGAUGGAAAUCUCACGAGGCUUUCAGCGAGUUCCGCGCAGUACAUCAACGGCUAUACGCUCAGCUGCAGCGAGCGUACGAUGAUUAUUACCAGAAUCCAGCAAUAUUAACUACCAUCAAUCGUGUGAAAGCACAAAUGCUCGCGCAUCAGCGAAAAUUUUCGCAAAACUUCAUGCGCAUCAACGACACCUAUAUCGCCGGAGAAUGCAUCAGCACAUUCCAGCUGGGAGAACGGCAGAAGAAAAAAAACGUCAUUACGGAGCUACACGGGGAAAACGACGAAAUAUUAAACACCUCUGAAGCAAUCGAAAAUCAUUUGUUUCAAUACUUCAAGGACCUCUACACGGCGUCAGCGGUACACGAGGACGCGAGGCAACCCUUCCAAUGCAACCGAGUCGUACCUGAAAAUGAUAUCCCCAAUGAGGCUUGCAUGGCUGAAAUAACAACAGCAGAAAUCCUGGGAUCCAUACGAUCGUCGGCCAAAAGGAAAGCUGCUGGCAGCGAUGAGAUGCCUGUCGAAUUUUACCAACGUACAUUUGACGUGAUACACCGAGAGCUGAACCAUGUACUGAACGAGGCGAUGACAACCGACUUCCCACAAGAUUUUGCCAACGGCGUGAUCGUGCUAGUGCGAAAAAGUGGAACGACAAACACUGCACGAGGAUAUCGCCCGAUCAGUCUGCAAAAUGCAGAUUUCAAAAUUCUUAGCCGAAUCCUAAAGGCACGACUUGAACUGAUAAUAAAAUCGCGACGAAUACUGAGUGAUGCCCAAUAGUGUUGCAACGACGGGCACUCAAUUUUCGAAGCCACUCUUUCUCUGAAAGAUCGAAUCGCUGAGCUGCGGGCGCGAAAGAGGAGAGGGAAACUGAUAAGCUACGAUUUGGACCACGCUUUUGAUCGAGUGUCCCUGUCUUCCCUGCACGAAACUAUGCGCCAGCUGGGAAUAAACCCGGCUUUCGUAAAUGUGUUGAAACGAAUAGCAGAGCGAUCGUCUUCUCGACUGUUGGUAAACGGGCAUCUCUCCGAACGUUUCUCUAUUGAACGUUCGGUUCGACAGGGAGACCCGAUAUCGAUGCUGCUUUUCGUCAUCUAUCUUCACCCACUUCUCCAACAGCUGGAGCGGCGUAUCGGUACCGAUCUGGUGGUAGCAUACGCUGAUGAUAUCUCAGUGAUCGUCACCAAUACACAGGUAAUUGAAGGAAUCAAUGAACUAUUUGAUCGGUUUGAACAGACUACUGGCGCAAAAUUGAAUCGUAAUAAAACUGUUGCGAUUGAUGUCGGGCUCAGUGAUGGAGACCCAUUAGUUGUACCUUGGCUGCAAACAGUAGAAAAGGUUAAGGUUCUGGGUAUGUAUUUUGUAAAUUCAAUACGAGCCAUGAUAAAAAUUAAUUGGGACACACUGGUAACAAAAUUCACUCAGAACUAUGGAUACACUCACUGAGAAAUUUAAAUCUCCAACAAAAGGUGGUACUAUUAAACACAUUUAUCACGGCGAAAAUUUGGUAUGUUGCAUCAGUUCUACCAGCGUAUUGCGUGCAUACAGCCAAAAUCACGGCCACUAUGGGUUCGUUUAUAUGGCGCGGACUUCCUGCACGCGUUCCAAUGCAACAAAUGGCGCGCGACAGAAACUCUGGUGGAAUGAAUCUGCAGUAACCGGCACUGAAAUGCAAAGCAUUGCUGAUCAAUCGGCACAUGCAGGCAAGAAAUUCCCUGCCGUUCUAUCAGCUUCUUCUAAACGAAGCAACUCCUCCCCCCGCAGAUCUUCCCUGCCUUAAACUAUUAUCCCAACAAAUCCCUCUCCUCCCCCCACUCAUACGGGAGCAUCCCACGAGUAGCCAGAUACAUGGGCUUUUUCUGGAACGAACGGAAAUACCACGAGUAGAAAAAGAACAUCCGAACUUGAACUGGAGACGCAUCUGGACGAACAUUGCAACGAAAAAACUUAGGUCAGAAAUAUGGAGUAAUUUGUUUUUGCUCAUCAACGAAAAGACUGAGCAUAGGAAACUGAUGAGAACCAUUCACCGUGCAGAUGCGGAGAGCUGUUUACAUUGUAAUGCUCAGGUGGAGACGCUGCAACAUAAAUUUAGUGAAUGCCCUCGAGUGGCACACGCGUGGCAUUUUGUACAGGAGAAGUUGACUUUGAUUCUCGGUGGAUGGCGAAGACUAUCCUUCGAAGAUUUGCUGCGACCGACAUUAUUGAAUAUUGGACCCGUGAAGCGAAAUAAAAUUUU